UAUCGGGUAGUUUCAAGAUAUUUUCUUAUUCUUAAGUUAAAUUUUGUUUUCGUUCGAGGGAAACUAAGAAAUAAUUAUUUGAAAACUUUUCAAGCCUUGAUCUACUUCUCUGCCUGGAGUUUCAGGAGACCCGUUUAGUUGGUGCAUCUGCGUCUGCUGUAUUUCGGCUUCGGACCGUAAUUUUGUUUUGGUUCCGCUUUCCUUUCCUACCGAAAUGAUUGUGCAUUUGCCCCUUUGAUUAGCUUAUAGUAUUCCCUUUUUUUCACCACCAAGAUGUCAGAAGUUGAUAAAAUGACACAAAAAGCUGAAGAUAAGCUGACAUUAAGUCUUCGCUGGGGCAGCCACAGAGAAACAGUACUUCAAUCUUUAGAAUCAUCAUAUGGAGAUCAGGAUUUUGUAGAUAUGACACUUGCGUGUGAAGGCCAAUCAGUAAAGGCCCAUAAAGUAGUUGUGUCAGCUUGUAGCACACACCUAAAACAGCUCCUUAUGGAGAACCCAUGCCCUCAUCCAAUUGUUAUCCUCAAAGAUGUGGCUAUGAAAGAGCUACGUCGUUUGUUGGAGUUCAUGUAUUGUGGGAGGGUUACAGUUGAACAACAACAGUUAGAGCCUCUGUUAGAAGCAGCAAAAAUGCUUGGUGUUCGGGGUCUAGCUGCCUCCAGAGAAUGUUUGGAGGAAUCAGAAGAGCAAGAGGGUGAAAGUUCUGAAUGUGACCAUAACCGGGACUUUGAUUAUAAUGGCCCGAAAACAAUGAAGAGGCAUCGCUCUGAAUCACCAACCCCCAAUAAGAAGACACGUCCAGUACCACAACUUCAAAGUAUACUUGCACAAACACUACUCACAAGCCCAUCAACUCGUCCAGGAGAAAAUGCUUCAGACUUGCAAUCUGAAUCGCUUAAGCCAUCUUCUCCAAUUAGCACUCUUGCCAAGUUGUUAUCGCAGUCACCAGUUAGCACCCUUGGUUCUUCUCAUUCAAGUUCACUUGAGAAUGAAAGCAAUCGUACAGAAUCAAAUACACCUAGGCCAGAAGAUGCAAAUAGCAUAAGCAGUCAGAUGAUGGAAGUCGGGCUGCAAUUGAAGCAAGAAUCUGUUGACUUAGACCUAGAUAUUGACAAUCCCACUGAAGCAUUAGAAUUAGAAUAUCAAAACCCAGAGUUUGAUGAAACUGUUGAUACAGAUACUUAUCAAAACCAGGCUGGGCAUCCAUCUUCCUCUGCCUAUGAUUCUUCAGUUCAUGAAAGAAUUGGAAAAGCAACAGCAUUCAUGCUUAGCCUUGCCAAGAGGGCAAACCAGAAUAACCCAUUCACAUCAUCUCCACCUGAACGCAAACUGUCUUUCCACGAACCUCGGCCAUGUUCUGUAUGUAAUAAGAUGUAUCGAGAUGCUGCAACAUUACGGACUCACAUGGCAAUGAUGCACCCUACUGCCCGAAUGAGCACUCCAAGUCUACCUACAGCCAAUGGAGACGGUGGCAGUGAAAACCGCCUGGCGUUUUAUGAAGCUCGUCCAUGCUCGAUCUGUGGCAAAAUGUAUCGUGACGCUGCAUCCUUAAGAACUCAUACAAACAUCAUGCACACCAUGUGGCGUGACGGCUUCGAGUGCUCGUGCAAGUUAAUUUUUCAAACUAAGCAUGAAAUGUACCAGCAUAGAAGAACUCAUGGCAAACAAAAAGAGUUUCAAUGAUUUGAGAAAAAAAGAAAAGGGGAAGGGUCUUGUAUGAGUAUCAGUUUUACUAAUUUUGUAGAUUAUUUGUUGGUACUAUUUAAUCACAUGCAGUGUAAUUGCUGAAACAAAAAAAAAAUUGUCAUAGAAGUGUUUUUUAUUUCUACAUUUUUUUUUAUUUUUGUAAGCCAAAACAAACCUUAAACCAAAAUGCAAAUUGCUUCCUUUGCAGACAAAAAGACUGAUUCAUUUUAUUUCCAAAUCUAUUUGUUUUGUGUGACAGUUGAACCACCAAAUUUUCUCAGUGGUUGCUGAAACGCUUAGAAUUGGUACUGUUUUACUGAUAUGUCAGUACUGUAGAAGCAUUUUAACUUCUUCCUGUUCUUUUAAUUCUUCGUUUUGUUUUCAUUAGACUGCAGUAAUGUUUACAUCUAUCAAAUCACAGAGGAAUUACAUGAGAAUGUUGUGCAUUCACAACAUUCAUUGGAAUGUAAGGAAUCCACUAUGCUUUCUUUUUAGUGUCAAGCUGAUGACAUUAAAAUGUUGAUCUCUCUAUUGUUUUAUAUUAUAUUUUAUUUUUUGUAGUUUAUUGUGUUAAAUAUUUUGGGUGAAACCUACUAGUCCUGUUUGUUUUUAAAUGAAAUAUUGAAAAACUAAGUUUACUUUAACUAGGAGUUUGUUGUUAUGAAACUUCACUGUCAUCCAUUUUGGCAUGUGCUGUUGCAUAAAAAAAUAUAUUGUUUGUGACAUCCACACAAUCUCACCAGGUUGUGUUCAUAUUUUGAGUGUGACAAAGUAUACAAGAUCAAAAUGAAUCAUGUUAGACAAUUAAGAUUGAUUUUAGAGUCAAUUAAAUGUUCCUCAUCUUUGAUUUAUAGCCCAAGCUGGACAUGAUCAAUCCCUGAAACAAAUUAAACUGGCUUGUGGACUAUGAUUUUGCUGCCAUCUUUCGAUGAAUUUGUCAGACUGGCUCCAAAGCAGAAGGCAGAGAUAUGGUGACUUUGAUGAGCUAUGUUUAGCAACCCUAAAGGUAGAUAUGUAAUUCUUUAUCUGCUAAGUGUACUGUAAUGGUACGUGCACCCUUCUGCUUGAGCUGGUUUAUUUUGAAAUUUGAAAAAUGCCUUUUUUAACAUAUGCCACAAGUAGUUCAAAAUGUAGUUUGAGAACUUUUGUUUAGCUUUGUUCAUGAGGUGCUUGUUAUGUUUUAUUUUGGUUAAGACUUUCAGCUGUUUCUUGUGCUCCUUUUGCUCAUCGAAUGGGUCUUUACUGUACAUUAUGUCGGGCAAAAGGUAGUCUUUAUUAUUUGUGAUGUGGCAGCUGAAUUGUAAAUUAUGUGUCCUUUCCCUCAAGGACGUCAGUGUACACCACAUACAGUACCUGUCAUGAUUUUGAUAUGUUAAUCUGUAGAAUAUCAAAUGGUACACUAAAUUACUGUGACGGUUUUGAAUGCAACGUGUGCACCAAAAUCUACAAAGUAAUCAAAUGAGUGGGCCACCAUGUGUAUCGUACAAAUGCAUGAACUCUUUCAAUUCAUGUAUCAUGUGACAAUGUGAUGAACGUUUAUUGUUAUCCACUGUUUAUCAAGCAUCUUGCAUCAUAAACUUUUUCACUACGAUUUUCAA